UUGGUCCCGGCAGAGGGUUGUCUCCAGGGGAUCCCGGAUGGCUCCGGUUAAAAUCAGCUACGUCGUGUCCUUCUCCUCGCAGGACCCCAAGUACCCAGUGGAGAACUUGCUGCGUGAGGACGGCCUUCGUCCCUGGCUCGGCUGCCCCCAGGACCGCAGCAGGCAGCUGAGAGUGGAGCUGCAGCUGGAGAGAGCCAGUCCCAUCGGCUACGUGGAUGUCGGCAACUGCGGCUGCGCCUUUCUCCAGAUCGAGGUGGGACGUUCCUCGUGGCCGCUCGACCGGCCCUACCUCACCCUGGUGCCCAGCGUCGCGCUGAUGACGCCGGCUGACUCCAAGCUGGACCAGAACCGCUGCGGGGUCCGGAUGUUUAAGGAAGCAGACUUCCUGGCGCUGGCGGUGGGGCAGAAGUGGGACCGCCUGCGGCUCACCUGCAGCCAGCCCUUCAGCAAGCACAGCCAGUUCGGGCUGUCCUUCGUCCGCGUGCGCACGCCGCUGGACCCCGAGCACCCCCAGCCGCCCCCGCAGCAAGGCCCGGAGGACGCCGAGCCUGCGGAUGGCCCCUGGCGCUCCAGCCCUGCCUUUUGCCGGACUUUCUUUCCAGAACCGUGCUCGAGCUCGAGGGAGGAGGAGCAGCUGAAGAGCCGCCUGCAGCAGCUGGAGCCAGGCGCCUGGAGCCCAGCCCGCCUCAGCCGCCCGGCCCAGAUGGUGCUCUCGGCGACACGGAGCCGGGCACUGAGGCCCAGAGCCAGCACAGGCACCCCGAGGGGGAACCCGGGAGGCCCUGCGGUGCCAGGGUCCACGCAGGACGUCCCCGCAGCCCCCAGGAGAGCCCGCAGGCAGCCGGACAGCAGACAGAGCGCUCCCAGCCCUGCGAGCAGGUCUCUGCCCGCCGCCUCAAGGCAGGCCAGGUCAGGAGGAAGAGCCAGAGCCCGCAGCCAUCGCGAGAGACGGGCCCGGACGGGUGACAGUGGAGGGGACAGCGGCCACGGGGAGACGGGCGUCUGCCCCAUUUGCUCAGGACGCUUCAGCCUGGAUCUCCUCCCCGCGCAUGCUUCCCGCUGCGGGGAGGAAGACCCCGACGCAGCCUGGCCUUCCUCCCCGCUGGCGGGGGUGUCCCCCGACGCUUGGGUGUCCUGCCCCAUCUGCGAGCUGCCCUUCGGCGCGGCGGAGGUGGAGUGGCACGCCAGCAGCUGCGGGGAGCAGGCGGGGACGCCGGGCACCCCAUCCCCGACCUACCGCGUGGGGUAG